CCUUAAAUCAAGUAAAGAAAUAGACGAGGAUUUAAAGGAUUUGGCAUUACCUGAGGAAGUUAAUCAUUAUAAGAAUAUUGACGAAAGCAAUUCAAGUUUGCAAAGUAGACACUCAUUUCAAUCUAAUAUAGCGGAUUUCAAAAAUAAUUCACCAAUAAAUAAUUCUAACCAUAAAUCAAGCAAAGAAAGAGAGGAGGAUUUAGCGGAUUUAGAAAUAACUGAAAAUUUUAAUUUUUAUAAUGUUAGCAAUUCAAAUUUGCAAAGUAAUACAUCUAUAGGAUCAAAUAUAACGGAUUUUAAAAAUUUCUCAUUAACUCCACUUUUUCAAUAA